UGUAGAAACCGACGGCACAUUAUUGUAUGUGCGCCUCACUUGCGCUCGAGCCUUCAGUCAGUGAGAAGCGCGUCUACUGAGCGCACGCGAGACAAGCGAGGAAAGCGCCCUCUGCUCAAGAUAUCCGACUCAAGUUUUCCAGCAGCUACACGACUCUGAAAUGCAGCUCUAAAGUCAUUGGAUACACAGACUUACACGCAGGAUUUGGAGAGCAGGUUGGAAAACUUUGAAUAACAGUCGGAAGAUUCUCUCACAAGCAUUGAAGAAGAAAAAAGAAAACGAUGCGCUCAUUGUGGAUCUAGUUUGGAUGUCUUUUCGCACUUGGUGACUUUUUGUCAGGGUUUUCUUCCCGAAUCCACUCGUUUGCCUAACAUGAUUGCUUUUAGACCACGAGUGUCGUGACAGGAGCUCAAACGAGGAGUUUUCGUUUGUUUAAACGCAUUACUGGUCACACAGAAACUUUUUCUCGGAGCAGCCACAACCUAAUUUCCGAAUCACCUAAAUAACGGCUCUCCUCAAAAUGCAACACUGUUGCGGGAUUACUCGAUAUUUUCUUCUAUUUCUCACCCUGGCCCUGCAGCCGUCCGGCGGCCAGUAUCAUGGAGAGAAGGGCAUCUCCAUUCCCGAGCACGGAUUCUGCCAGCCCAUAUCCAUACCUCUCUGCACGGACAUCGCCUACAAUCAGACCAUCAUGCCGAACCUUUUGGGUCACACCAAUCAGGAGGACGCCGGGCUGGAGGUGCACCAGUUCUACCCCCUGGUGAAAGUGCAGUGCUCCAUGGACCUUAAGUUCUUCCUCUGCUCCAUGUACGCGCCGGUUUGCACGGUGCUCGAGCAAGCCAUCCCGCCGUGUCGCUCCCUGUGCGAGCGCGCGAGACAAGGCUGCGAGGCCCUUAUGAACAAGUUCGGCUUCCAGUGGCCCGAGCGACUGCGCUGCGAGAAUUUCCCGGUGCACGGCGCGGGGGAGAUCUGCGUGGGUCAGAACACCUCGGACGCGGGAAGCCCGACCUCAAAUCCGACGCCCUACGUCCCAGAACUGAUCACAUUACAGCCGAGCGUGGUCAGACCCAGCCAGCAGUUCACAUGUCCGCUGCAGCUCAAAGUGCCCACUUAUCUCAAGUACCACUUCAUGGGCGAAAAGGACUGCGGGGCGCCAUGUGAGCCCACUAGACCCAACGGGCUGAUGUAUUUUAGAGAGGAAGAGGUCAAAUUUGGCCGGCUCUGGGUGGGCAUUUGGUCCAUUUUGUGCUGUGUUAGUACACUGUUCACCGUUCUCACGUACUUAGUGGACAUGAGGCGGUUUCGUUACCCGGAGAGGCCCAUCAUCUUCCUCUCCGGGUGUUACUUCAUGGUGGCUGUUGCUUACGCGGCUGGCUUUUUCCUUGAAGACAAAGUCGUUUGCAUUGACAAGUUCAACGAUGAUGGUUACAAGACCGUCGCGCAGGGCACGAAAAAAGAGGGCUGCACUAUCCUCUUCAUGAUUCUCUAUUUCUUCGGCAUGGCAAGUUCAAUCUGGUGGGUCAUUCUGUCCCUCACGUGGUUCCUCUCAGCGGGAAUGAAGUGGGGUCAUGAAGCCAUUGAGGCCAACUCUCAGUAUUUCCACCUGGCCGCUUGGGCUGUCCCAGCGGUUAAGACCAUUACCAUCCUCGCCAUGGGCCAAGUGGAUGGUGACAUUCUCACCGGGGUGUGCUACGUUGGCAUCUACAGCGUGGACUCGCUGCGUGGCUUCGUCCUGGCGCCCCUCUUCGUCUACCUCUUCAUCGGCACCUCGUUCCUCCUGGCAGGCUUCGUGUCGCUUUUCCGCAUCAGAACCAUCAUGAAGCACGACGGCACCAAGACGGAGAAGCUGGAGAAGCUGAUGGUGCGCAUCGGCGUGUUCAGCGUGCUCUACACGGUUCCCGCUACCAUCGUGAUCGCGUGCUACUUCUACGAGCAGGCUUUCCGCGAGCAGUGGGAGAAGACCUGGCACAUGCAAACGUGCAAGCGAUUCGCUGUCCCUUGCCCAGUCAAUAACUUCGCUCCCAUGUCUCCAGACUUCACCGUAUUCAUGAUAAAGUAUCUGAUGACCAUGAUCGUGGGAAUCACCUCUGGAUUUUGGAUAUGGUCUGGGAAAACACUGCAGUCGUGGCGCAGGUUUUAUAAAAGGCUCAGCAAUAGCAACCAAGGCGAGACGACGGUAUGAAAAAAGAGCGAGUCCUGAUAAUUUCGGUCAGGCUUUGACCAUGCAACUUUUCUCUGAGAUGAUGUCUCGAGCGGAGACAUGGCGAACUGUUACGCGAAAAGAGACUUGUGGAGUGAGGUUUGUGGACACUACUGUGUGCCUAGACGUUUCCAGAGUGGAAACAGACCAUCAAGAACAGUGUUAUCGGCCUGAGUCUGUUUAAACAUUGGUUUUUCUCAUAUAGGCUAUCUGUAUGUGAAAAAGACUAUUUCUGUGCACCACGAUAUCAUUUGCAGAUGUGAUCUCUGUAGACAGUACUGAAUGAUUUGCGCAACGCUCACAGUUCUGUACCUGAAAAUAUUGGACGCAAUUUGCCUUAUACACAUGUACCUUCCCUUGUUUUAACUGGGGACUUGUAUGACUUUCGCAGCGCUCCGUCGACAAUCAUGCAUACAUUGGCACACAUGGACCGUCAAGUACGCAUUAGGAUUGGGAUACUUAUAUGCAUGUGUACAGCUGUGAAUUUAUGCAAGCACCCUUUAAACGAUGUAACGUGUAAAUAAUCACAUUUUCUGAAAGAAUAUAUGUAUUUAUGAAAAUAAUCUUGCUGUUUUUACUUGAUUUUUUAAAUUUGGUAAGAGACCUUUGUAUCUGUACAGUGUCGCUGAAUAAAAUGAUUAGAUUUUUAA